CUCGCUCACUGGUGGCAUUGUCAUGGAAACAAGACCACCGCCUUCGCUAUUGUCUCGCGCUCUGCCAAGUUUAUUAUAAACAGCGCGCGAGCCGCUGCGCGCUGUCAAACGGAGCGCGAGCGCAGAGCGAACCUCAGUCCAGGGAGGGGAGCCGAAGAGACGGACAGAGAGAGGGGAGAGUCGGGAGAGAGAGCGGAGCUGCAGAGAAAACAUCUGGAUUACUUACCAGCCGCGUGACGGCGACAUACAAACCUUAAAGCCCACAAAAGCCUGGAGAAACAAACCAACCGAGUCGGGAGAUUCUGGAGAAAAAAGUCCAACUCUGACUGGUUUAAACGACUCACAGCAAUCACAGAAACUAACAGCAGCCGCAGACCAGCCUGAAGCCGCCCUUACCCGAGUUUCCAGCGCACUUCUUCACAGACCGGUGUCUGCGCCGGCUGACCUCCAUGUAUAAGAUGGAUUACUCAUACCUGAACUCCUAUGACUCCUGCAUGGCGGCCAUGGAAGCGUCGGCCUACGCGGACUUCAGCUCCUGCAGUCAGGCCAGCUCCUUCCAGUACAACCCGAUCCGGAGUGGCCCUUUCUCCAACCCUGGCUGCACUCCCCUCAGCACGACCAGCUGCACGCUGGGAGCCCUGCGAGAGCACCAGCCCACACCUUACUCCUCAGUCCCUUACAAGUUCUUCUCGGACCCAUCUGGCCUGAACGAGAAGAGGAAGCAGCGGCGCAUCAGGACCACGUUCACCAGCUCCCAGCUGAAGGAGCUGGAGCGCGUGUUCGCAGAGACGCACUACCCGGACAUCUACACCCGGGAGGAGCUGGCGCUGAAGAUAGACCUGACCGAGGCCCGAGUACAGGUGUGGUUUCAGAACAGACGUGCCAAGUUCCGUAAGCAGGAGCGUGCAGCCAACGCCAAAGCCAACAGCUCUGCUGGCACCACAGGCAGCAGCACCAACAACAGCUCUGGAGGGAAAAAGGGCGGGGAGCCAAGAUCUUCAUCAGAUGAUGAUGAGUCUAAAGAGUCCACCUGUAGCCCCACACCUGACAGCACGGCCUCCCUGCCUGGUUCAGCCAAUGGAAACUUGGGGAGCCCUGCCAGUCUGAGCCCCAGUCCGGCUCCUGCCAACAGCAGCUACACCAACACCUCCAGCUCUCCGGUUCUCCAGGGGCUGAAGCCUCCCAGCUGGUCCAGUCUGGGGCCCUCCAACCCGGCUGUGGCGCAGCCCGCUGCCCAGACUCAGGAGAUUCUGAAGGCCUGGCAGCCGGCGGACAGUAUGACCGGGCCCUUUGCCGGAGUCCUGUCCUCCUUCCAUAGAAAACCCAAUCCCACCAUCAAGACGAAUCUGUUCUGAAGAACAGAGGAAGACAAAUGAGAAACAAACUGUAAGCGAGAGGAGUUUCUAGCCUUUGUGGAGAGAGACAAGACUUGCCGAUUAAAACACUGAAUCUGCUGCUGUAGUCUGCUGCGGUCCAGCAAGGUUCUCAGUUCUUCUCUAACCGACUCACAAAAUAAAAUCACAGGUCUGCUCACCAUCUGCCGUCCAAAAAUAUUAUGCAACAGUGCACACUGUACCUGUAAAACCUACCUUGACACGGGCAGUUUCCUCCCUUUCCUGCAAUGACUCCACUCUCACUCUCCAAUAAAACAAAGAGAAAUACUUUACUUAAUAACGGUAAACCAUACAGGCCCUUAAACUGUCCACAUUUGCGUCGUCUUUUCGGUCUCUCUGGUGCACUUACAUUCCCACACUCACUGCACUGCAGCAAACUCGGUGGUGCAUGGCAGCAGCUCUGAUGAGUAUGGCGGUCAAGUACGAGUUUAAAGCAGAAAUCUAAACAUCACACUCCGAAAUCUGCUGGGGAAGCAAACUUUCACCCUCAAGCACAACUUCCUCUAAGCCCCCCCCACACACAGGCUUUCACCAGUCGGAAUAGGUUCCCCCCUAAAUCUCUUUGCCAAGCAGAGCAGGGGCACCCAAAAAUCCAAUUAGACCUGCCGGGUCUAGACCAGACAUCCCCAGUUCACCUCACACUCCCCCCUCCUUGUUUACUGUAUCAGAAUCCCACACUCUCGCCGUCCCAUCAUGCCUUUCUCUAUCAAGCAGUUUGUCAGACUUUUGCAAGGCAAAGAGUUGGAGACUUUAAGGUGUUUUGACUCCAUUUUUAGUUCACGUGCUGCUACUUCCUCCCCCGUUCUUUGUUCGGAGUAAAGCAGAUUGUAGCCUGAAUAUUUAUCUGAUUAUAUCUGACGUCUCUGACCGGACUGAAGCGAACAAACGAGUUUGUACAGCAGGUCGCAGUCCGAGUUAGGGUCUUUAGCAGGCUUACGAGUCAUACGUUUCUCUCUCAUAGGUGACACAUGUGGGGUAAUCUGGCAAUACACUGAGAGAUGGAGUUUUGUACUGUAUCCGCAUUAAUACUCAGAUUUUGUUUCUUCUUUCCUUUUUUUUAGCUUGCGAGAGUUGCUUGUAAAUCACCUCUAUUGCAUUUUGAUGAAACUCACUGGUUUCUGAGGAAGAAAAAAAAAAGUAUUUAUUAAUAUUUUUAUUAUGUCAGUGAGAAACCUGCGCAUUUAUUUGAACUGCCCCAUAAAGUUUUGUGACUGUAAAUUCUGUAAUUAGUAAUAUAAAUAUUAGGUAGGCUUUGUUUUUGGUUUUUUGCUUUACAGAUCCAUUUCAUUGCAGAGCGCCUGUCUCACGGACCAACACGUCAACAACAACUACGGACUGACAGAAAGCUCGAGUGAAUGAGAUGUUAUAGCACUACUCUGAAUAUUCUAAUAAAUCUACAUUAU